GGGGCCUCCAAGGGAUCCAGAGCUCUUCUGCAAACACUUCUAUCAACUGCCUGGUGCUGAGCCUCUAAGAGGCCAUGAUUGAAGGGGUAUGAACGAAAGUCCUGAUGUCCACCCUGCUUCAUGUGGAAGCACUCAAUGAGUGGACCAGAGCAUGUUUGAGAAUGCCAGCGCCAGCACGGCACCCACGCCACGGGCGCAGCACGUCCCUGCCGCGGCGGGCGCCCUGGCCCAGCCCUGCCGGCCCACUGGCGGCCAGCAGCUCCGCAACCUGGGCAAGGCCGUGGGCGCCAAGGUGAAUGACCUCCUGCGCCGCAAGGAGCUGGCCGGCCUGCCUGGCGUGGGAGCCAUGGAGGUGAACGCCAAUGCAGGCGCUGUGCUGGGCACGGGACAGCUGGCUGCUGAGGACGGGGCUGUGGGGCUGGAUGCCUUUCCCCGUCUGGAACCCCCGCCCCCCAUCACCAAGAAGCGAACACCACGCGCCCUGAAGACCCCCCAGGACAUGCUCAUCGCUCCUCAGCCGGAGGGGACCAGCAUGAGGAGUGGCACGCAGGAGCCUCCCGAAGCACCCACCGCCCACCCUGACCCUACAGAGGAGCAGUGGGGCAUGGGGGACUCUUCUCCUCCACAGUGCCCUGGGGUCCCCAGCAUGACGGGUGCCCUAGGGCCCAGUGGGGACCAGCCUGCCAGUGCCUUACCCGUGCCUGACCUCAUCCAUAAGGGCAGCCGGGACAGCCAGUGGCAAGUGGGUGAGAGGGCCACUGAAAUGUCACCCAGCACAGAGAAGCCCUCACGGAGACUGGGGCUGGAGCACGAGCCACCAGGGAGCACAGGGCGGCCAGAGCCACAUACCCCUGGCUGGGAGGUGGAGGGGACCCAUCCCGACCUACUGUCCUUUGAGUAGCAGUGGGUAGCUGUGACAGGGGCACUAUGGAGGCUGGCUGUCCCAGAUUUGUCUCUAGCUGCCACUUGCCAUUUUUGGGGGUGAUUAAUUUGGAAAGAGAGAAGCCUUGGGGAGGAAGAAGCCCCCCCAGUGGGGGCUCUGAGGAGCCGUGACAACCUGCUUCUCCCCAAAUGCCCUGGAGGAGCACAGCCUCUCCUACCAUGGCUUCUGCAGCCCCGUUCUGGGCCUAUUCACCCUGGUCAGUGCCAAGCUCCUGUCCUGCCACAGUGCCACUGCCACCUUGUCUGCAGUCAGGAGCCUUGCUGAACUGGGGACCAAAAGGUUACUGGGGGUAGAAGUGCCAGCCUGCCCCAAACCCCAUUGGAUCUGCUGGAGUGAGCAUCCUGUGAGCAUCCCACAAGCACCACACACUUCCCCCACAGCCUGCCUUGGUCCAGAGGAUUUCCCAGCUUAUGCCAUGUGCUUGCUGAGAUACCCCAUCCUGGGGUACCAGCAGGCUCACCCAGCCCUAGUGCCUGGUGCCAGUGAGCCAGGACAGCAGCUAUGUCCAGGGCCUUCUCCAGGUACUGACCUCAUGGUGUUGCUCUGCUGAGUGCCAUCUCCUUGCAGUGGAGCCCCAGAUGCAGGAGAUCUCUGUCAGGGUGCAGGGCUGGGCACCUGGGACUGCACAGCUGCUGGCCGGUGGGCUUUGGCAGGAAGCUGAGCUCUCUGUGAGACUCCCUUCCAGCUCCUGCUUGUUUCCUGGUCUUGUCCCAGCACCAUGGGCGGAACUGUCCCGGCAGGCAGCCCUCUCCAUGUGGGCUAGUGUCACAGCUCCCCUUUAUUUCCUGGGACAGUGGUCUCUGUGAGACUGGGACACAUGAAGCCAUGUGGUCCUCUAAAACUGCCAUAUGAGUGUUUCGCCAUGGAUUACAGGAGGGGUUAGCCAGCCUAGGAACACCUGCCAAUUCAAGGAAGCAGCUGUGAGAUGGAAUUUUUUGCUUAGAGCUUUUAUGUCCAUCCUCACCACAAAAGUGGUUUUCAGAGGAAAAGCUCCAAAGCCCCCGGUUGGGUUGGAGGAACCCAGGAGCUCCUGGAUGGGCCUUCUCACAGCUCCUUCUGGGCUGAAGAGCUUCAGGGUGAUGUCUUCCACCACCCAAAGCCACGCUGUUCCAACUGAAGAAAAGAAGCUGUGAGCAUGGAUCCCACUGCCCUGGGAGCAGCCACUUGUGUCCUUGCUGUUCGUGUGGUGAUGCCAUGGCGGCGCUGGGGCCCUGCAGCCCUCGGUUCUGGGAAAGCCCUGCUCAAGAGUGAAGGGAUGCAGAGUUGCACAGAGCCCAUUUUCAGUGCUGAGGUGUCACAUGCCCUGUGACAGUGUGACCACGCUGUGUAUGGCCACUUCCACCCUCAGCUACAGAGGUGUGUAUGUGCUGCCCAGGUCUGCACUGCAAUGCAGGUGUUGAUGAAAACCAGGACUUGUAGCCCCUCUCUGAAGAACCAGCAUCUUCCAUCGCUGUGAUCCCAAGGGGACCUUCCCCUUAAGGGGAGGGUCGUCACUCACAGCUAGUCCAGUCUAUUUAUAUUGUCAGGGUGCUUGUGUAUGAUUUCGGACAAAAGAUGCAGAUUGCACAAUAAAUUUUUUUCUCUUUUUUACCCA